AUGGUGUUCUCCAAGCUCUCUUCAAGGUUUGGGGGUCCAAAUGCGACAAUACACGAGCGCGGUCCAGUCGACGUCGAGGCUUCCGACUUCGAGCACUCCAUCAUCAGAGACGGAGAUCUCGCCUACACGCUCGCGAAAGGAGGAAAUGGAUCCAAGCCGGCAUACCAGGAGGCUGUCGGGGCACCCGUCGAGAAACACUCCCCUCUCGGAUACCAUGAAAACGAGAGCAAGACUAAUCUGAACGCCAUAGCUGCAUCCGUCCUCAAUGGCACUGGAUCCGUAGGCCUAGCCUUCCUUUACUGGACAAUAGGGUUCCUCAUGACUCUCGCAGGACUGAGCGUGUAUCUCGAGCUGGCCAGCUACUUUCCUAACCGAAGUGGUGCGGAGGUAGUGUACCUGGAGCAAGCUUAUCCACGGCCGAAACACUUCUUCCCUAUCGCAUUUGCGGUGCAGUCCGUUCUUCUUUCGUUCAGUAGCAGUAAUGCAAUCGUCUUGUCACGAUAUCUGUGGCGAAUUGCAGGGAAGACGCCGUCUGCGUGGGAACUGAAGGGAGUUGCAAUCGCUGCAUACACCUUUGCCGUCAUAUGUGUUGUCGCUCACAACAAAUACUCCCUUUGGGCAACAAACAUUAUCGGCGCAAUCAAGAUCAUAACCCUUAUCUUCAUCUCGAUCACUGGACUCGUUGUUCUCGGCGGCCAUAUCGAUCACAUUCCCGAUCCCAAUGCCAACUUCCGCAAUUCCUUUGAAGGAACCACGGAUAAUGGCAACGACCUGGCUACAGCGCUUGUCAACAUUAUCUUCUCGUACACCGGCUAUAGCAACGCUUUCAAUGUCGUGAACGAGAUUAAGAACCCAAUCCCUGUCCUAAAGCGACAUGCAACAAUCUCAGUGGUGGUUGUGGCUGUGCUUUACAUGUUCUGUAACGUCGCCUACUUUGCUGCCGUGCCCAAGGCUGAAUUCAAAACUGCAAAAGAGAUUGCUGCUGCCGUCUUCUUCACCAAGGUGUUCGGAACCGGUCCCGCAGAGCAGGCGCUGAACUUCCUUGUUCUACUCAGUGCUUUCGGUAAUCUCUUAGGUGUGCUGAUUGGCUCCUCCCGCGUAAUCCGUGAGAUCGGACGGCAAGGUGUCCUCCCAUGGACCGAGUUCUGGGUGAACACCAAACCCUUCGGAACCCCAAUUGGACCGUACUUCUUAAAAUGGAUCAUGACUUUCAUCAUGAUUGCGGCACCUCCAGCUGGAGAUGCAUUCCAAUUUGUCAUCAGCUUGAAGACAUACCCUGACGGUCUUUUCCACUUCGCGAUGGCAGUUGGAGUUUACCUAAUCCGAGUUCGCCGCAAGCGCGCCGGUCUUAGACGUACUGAGUUCAAAUCAUGGCACGUGACGGUCAUCUUCUUCAUCCUCCUCCAGGUUUACAUUCUUAUCAUGCCUUGGUGGCCGCCCAAGGGUGGCCCAUACGCAGGCAGCGUCAGCUUCUGGUAUGCUACAUACUGCGUCGUUGGCAUCGCCAUGUAA